GCCCCCGCCGCCCGCGGCCUCUCCCGUUUUUUAUUCGUGCCGCUUCGUGGUGGCGCCCACCACCACCUCACCUCACCACCUGUAGGCUGUAGCAAUACCACGCACGAUCCGUGGAAUAGACUACUCCCGCUUGGCCGGUGGCCGGUGACGACGACGGCGACAGCAACAGCCGAAAAAGUCUAUCCCCAAGUACGCUCUGCUCCAGCGCUUCAUCCGCCGCCUGGGGUUUGUUCCGGCGCGGUGGCUGUUGAUAAAGGCGGAAGGGGUGGGAGCAAGGAGAAGGAUCGGCGAUGAGCUUCGCGGAUCUGGAGGCGGGGGCGCUCAGGGCGCCCCUCGGGAGGAAGGCGAGAGGGGGCUCCAACGACGCGCGGGCGCUCGUCUUCCAGAUAACCACCGCGGUGGCCUCCUACCGCCGCCUCCUCAACUCGCUCGGCACGCCCAAGGACACCCUCACGCUUCGUGAUAACCUGCAAAAGACUAGCCAGAACAUUCUUCAAUUAGCAAAGGAUGCGAAAGACAAGCUCCAAAAGGCUGCUGAAGCAGACAGGAGCACUGAUACAAGUGCAGACAAGAGGAUAGCUGAUAUGAAGCUUGCCAAAGAUUUUGCUGCCACAAUGGAGGAGUUCAGGAAACUUCAGAGUCUUGCGAUUCAGAGGGAGACAGCAUAUAAGCCAGUUGUUCCCCAGAAUGCUCAGUCAAACUAUACUACAGAUGACCGAAGUUCUGAAUCUGGUAAUAUGCCUGAGCAGCGUGCAUUGCUUGCUGCAAAAAGACAAGAGGUGCUGCAAUUGGACAAUGAAAUUGUUUUCAAUGAAGCUAUAAUUGAGGAAAGAGAGCAAGCCAUCCAAGAUAUCCAACAACAGAUUGGUGAAGUAAAUGAAGUGUUUAAAGAUCUUGCUACCCUCGUACAUUCCCAAGGAAUUAUAAUCGAGGAGAUCAACAUGAACAUUGAAAAAUCUGAAGUGCUGACCAAAGAGGCAAAGAAAGAGGUAACCAAAGCAGCAAAGACUCAGAAAUCGAACUCGUCCCUAAUUUGCUUGCUUAUGGUCAUAUUUGGGGUUGUGCUGCUUGUUGUGAUUAUAGUUUUGGCAGCUUGAGACAUGCAAUCUUUCCUCUUACAGAAAUAUUCUGUGGAGUUCAGAAUUGAAGAGUGUUCAUGGUUCUUGUCUAACCAUCAUAUCAUGUGCAAAAAAACUGCCACCAACGGAUUUUAGAAGUCUCCCUUUUACAUUUCAUGGUUUGCGAGUGCAUGUUCCCUUUGUCAUGCGUGAGUCCUUUUUUCAUGGCUUGCCUUGAGUGAACACUGUUCUUUUGCUCCUUUGGUUUUGGAAGUUCGCUUGGUGUGUUUUUGUAACCCUGUAAGUAUCCCCCAUCAUAAAGCAAAGAGAUUAUUACGCAAUAUAGAAUUUGUUUCUUGGAGCCCCUGAAAAUAAAUUGAUUGAAAAGCUUGUUUA